AUGUCAAAUCUCAACAAGCUUGACUUUGUUGCUUUGGAAGUUUCCGGAAGGAACUACCUCAAGUGGACCCAGGAUGUCAAGCUCCAUUUGACUGCAAAUAAGAUGAGAUCAACGAUUAAUGCUGACAACAUCGCCCCUAAAGAUAUGAAGGCAAGGGCUAUGAUUUUCAUCAGGAAACAUAUGGAGGAAGCACUCAAGGUGGAAUAUUUAGCUGAAGAGGACCCACGGUCCCUUUGGGUCGCUCUAAAAGAGCGAUUCAACCAUCAGAGGACCAUCUACUUGCCGGAAGAAAGGCACGACUGGAAGAACAUACGUUUCCAGGAUUUCAAGACUGUCAAUGAGUAUAACUCUGAAAUCUGUCGGAUUCAGUCACUCCUAAAAUUCUGUGGAGAAGAGCUCACAGAAGCUGAUCUAUUAGAGAAAACUUUCACCAUCUUCCCUCCUUCCUGUAUGGUCCUGCAGCAACAAUACAGGGAGAGAAACUUUGCUAGAUUCUCAGAAUUGGUCACCGUCCUGUUGCUCGCUGAAAAGAACAACGACCUACUUUUGAGGAAUGAUCAAGCAAGGUGUUGA